CGUCAUGUCAUUCCAAUAAGAUUUGUUUAGGUGUGGUAAACGAAACUAUGAGCUGUCAUUUUAGAUUCUUGUAAAUUUUUCAACAAAAUUGAAUAAAAAGCCCACUUGUCAGUAAUGGAUAGUCAAGGAAGAAAAGUUAUUGUUUGUGAUAAUGGCACUGGGUUUGUCAAGUGCGGGUAUGCCGGAAGCAAUUUUCCUGCUCAUAUAUUUCCAUCCAUGGUUGGAAGACCUAUCAUAAGGGCUGUUAAUAAAAUAGGAGAUAUUGAAGUUAAGGGCCUACAUGUAAACGAUUUAAUGGUAGGAGAUGAAGCUUCAGCUUUGAGAUCCCUUCUGGAAGUCAAUUACCCUAUGGAAAAUGGAAUUGUCAAAAAUUGGGAAGAUAUGUGCCAUGUAUGGGAUUAUACUUUUGGACCAAAAAAAAUGAAUUUGGAGCCCAAAGACACCAAAAUUUUGCUCACUGAGCCUCCAAUGAAUCCGCUCAAGAACCGGGAAAGAAUGAUUGAGGUUAUGUUUGAAAAAUAUGGCUUUGCUGGUGCUUAUGUUGCAAUACAAGCUGUUUUAACCUUAUAUGCUCAGGGAUUAUUAUCUGGUGUAGUCAUUGACUCUGGAGAUGGUGUCACGCACAUUUGUCCUGUUUAUGAAGAAUAUGCUCUUCCACAUUUGACACGGAGGUUAGAUAUAGCUGGUAGAGAUAUUACUCGUUAUCUUAUUAAAUUGUUACUAUUGAGAGGAUAUGCCUUCAACCAUUCUGCAGAUUUUGAAACGGUCAGAAUGAUGAAGGAAAAAUUGUGUUACAUUAGCUAUGACAUAGAAAUGGAACAGAGGCUAGCAUUAGAAACAACAGUAUUAGUUGAACCUUAUACUUUACCAGAUGGAAGAGUUAUUAAAGUGGGAGGAGAGAGAUUUGAAGCUCCUGAAGCACUAUUUCAGCCCCAUCUUAUAAAUGUUGAAGGACAGGGAAUAGCUGAAAUGGUUUUCAAUACUAUUCAGGCUGCCGACAUAGAUAUGCGACCAGAACUCUACAAACAUAUUGUUUUGUCUGGAGGAUCAACAAUGUAUCCUGGAUUACCAUCCCGCCUAGAAAGAGAAAUAAAACAAUUAUAUCUAGAAAGAGUUUUAAAGAAUGACACUUCAAAGUUGAAUAAAUUCAAAAUUCGCAUUGAAGAUCCUCCUAGAAGGAAAGAUAUGGUUUUCAUUGGAGGGGCUGUAUUAGCAGAUGUUGUGAAGGAUCGAGAUGAAUUUUGGAUGUCAAAAGAAGAGUAUGAAGAGCAGGGAUUGAAAGUAUUGAAGAAAUUGAGUACAAGAGCUGCAUAAAUGUGUACAUUGAGAUAUAUUUUUCCUUUUUUUUUAUAUUAAGUUUUUUUGUAUUAUAUAAGCCCUCAAAAAUGUUCUGUAACAACUCAUUAUGAAAUAAAUGAUGUUCAAAAUCA